CCAAAAGCUGUUCGCAAGCAUACCUACAAUACGGGGCCUUUAACUUGGUCCUUUCGUUGCGUAUCGCCGCUCCUCGGGCCCUGCCUUUCGGGAUCACCACACCCAGGGGUAAACCUUCAACUAGGACCUUUCAGGUUAUCGUAGGUACGAACCGAGAUGGCGCCAGGAGGGGUACUGAGCCCCGAGCCAUUGGCAUCGGCGCCAGCCCCGGCAAACACCGAGGCCGGGAGUACAAACCGGGACCCUGCCACGGAAAAGGCCGGCGUCUAUUCAGUGUUCUCACCGGCUACCCGCACCUACUUGACGUACCACCUCGGCCUCAUCAUGCUCAUAUCAACCCUCACAUCUACCAUUUACUCGCCCCUAAUCCCCAUGCUCGGCACCAGCUUCUCGGUUUCCAUCCAAGCUAUCAACACCACCGUCACCGUCUACGCCAUCUGCCAAGCCAUCUCCCCGGCGCUCUUCUCCUCGCUCGCAGACGCCUUCGGCCGCCGCCCCGUCCUCCUGGCCAUCAUCGCCCUGUACGCGUGCGCUAGCCUCGGCCUCGCCCUCAACCGCGGCAGCUUCGCCGCCCUUCUCGCCCUCCGCGCCCUGCAGAGCGUCGGCGGCUCCGCCACCGUGCCCAUCGCCUACGGCGUCGUCGCCGACGUCGCCGACGUCCCCCUGCGCGGCGCCAUGCUGGGCCCCAUGCUCGCCACCUGCAACGCCAUCUGCGCCGCCGGGCCCGUCGUCGGCGGCGCGCUUGCGCUCGGUACGGGUGGCUAUGCGUGGGUCUUCAUCGCGCUGCUGAUCGUCGCGCUGGCGCUGCUGGUCUCGGUUGGGUUGGCGCUCCCGGAGACGGGGCGUAAUGUCGUUGACGAUGGGUCGCGGCCGGCAAGGGGGGUGUGGAGGACUUGGUGGUCGUUUAUUUCGCCGAGGGAACGAGCUAGGCGCGAGGAUGUCGGGCACGUCGCGCAGGAAGCUCCCGAAAUAAAUGGUGUCUCAUCUUGGCAUCCCAUGGACGCGCUUGUCCCGCUCCGCAUCAUCCUGUAUCCUGAUGCUGCGGCGGUUCUCUGGAUGGUGGCCUCGUCGUAUUCCGUCUACUACACAUUCCAGGCCGCCGUACCGGUCAUAUUCGCCGAGAUAUACGGCUACAACGAAUUGGAGAUCGGUCUCGCGCUGUUGCCCGUGUUUGCCGGCCUCACGAUUGGUGGCAUCGUUGCCGGCAAGCUGAUUGAUAGGAACUACGCCCGAGUCGCGCGGAGGUGUGACGCCAACCUCGACCGGGAGAAACGAGAAGACGGUGGCGAGUUUCCCCUGGAAAUGGCACGGUACAGAAGAUGCAUGCCUUUUAUUCUUCUAGAAGUGGCCCUGAUCGCCGGCUACGGGUGGGCGGUCCAGUAUCACGUCCACCCAUCGGUGCCUUUAGUCCUGCACUUUUUCAUCUGCGGGACAUCCACUAUAUUGACCCACACAUCCAACGCCCUCCUCGUCGACAUCUUCCCCGGCAUGUCUAGCACGGCCUAUGCUUCCGGGCAGGUGGUGAGGUGCGGCUUGAGCGCUGCAUCGGUGGCCGUGCUGCAGCCAAUAAUAGACGCGGUAGGGAGGGGGUGGUACUUUACCAUCUUUGCGCUCUUUGUGGGAGUCACCGGCGUGGUUUCGGUCAUAAUUAGUAGGUUGAAAGGCAUGCAAUGGAGGCGGAAGAGGCAAAUGGUUGCUUGCACCCGGAAACCAGUGGGACAGCAGCUCCUCAGCGAGAGCGGCCAAGAACCCCCAGCUGGUACACCAAGUGAAAGUAAUCAUAUGGCUCCAAAGACAUAGGAUAUGCCUCAGUUGGUGUUACGAAGUACUCAGAUUAAACGCAGCACGGGCUAUGGGGUAUGACCCACCCCUAAGCUUCAAGAAAACUUUUUUGUUG